ACAGCAGCGGGAACAUCGGGAAGGAUGAGCAUCAAGCUGGAGGAGCUGAUUCAAAGGCAAGCUCCAAGGCAGACGUUCUGAGUGGGAGUCAGAGGACAGAGAGUUUCUGUCUAACUGUGUCGUUGGGGCUUCCCUUGAAGAAAUUACGGAAGAAGAGGAAGAAGACGAAGAAAAUAAGUCAGCCCUGCCGGAAGCCUCAUCAGUCAAACUUAAGGAAGGCACCUUCCAGAUUGUGGGCACACUCUCCAAGCUCGAAAGUGUUCAGCCUGACUUUGCCGUGGAGACAUACACUUGAGACUGUGGAGUUGCUCGUGGCCGCCGUGCUUUCCGACUGCUGUCCCCUGCUCCCAGUCUCUGGCCGCUGACUUGUUUGUGCCUCAUUCUUCUCUCGUCGCCGACUGGAAGCCGCACAGGAUCUAUGGUUUCAAUAAGAAUCUGGUUAGUGCUGGCAGCCUCGCUCCCCCCGCCUUCAAGGAGGUCUCCUGACCAACACUGGCGCCAGCCAUCCGAGUCUUGUUACUAAAUACCAUCUCUCGAGAAGACCUUCUCAUGCGCCUCCUGGAGUGUGACGUCAUUAUUUAUAACAUCUCCGAGAAUGCACAGCAAGCAGAGGAGGCCAUCUGGGCAGUCUCUGCCCUGAAUGAAGAAGUCAGCCACUUUGAGAAGCGCAAGGUAUUUAUUUUAGUCUCCACCGUGAUGACCUGGGCACGAUCCAAACCCCUGGACCCUGAUGAUUCUGAGAUUCCAUUUACUGAAGAGGAUUAUCGAAGAAGAAAACACCAUCCAAAUUUUCUGGACCACAUAAAUGCUGAAAAAAUGGUUCUCAAGUUUGGAAAGAAUACAAAAAAAUUCACAACUUACGUGGUUGCUGCUGGACUUCAAUAUGGAGUGGAAGGAGGCAUCUUACAUUAUUUUUUUAAGAUAGCUUGGUUGGGUGAGGUCCCUGCCAUACCGGUGUUUGGAGAUGGAACAAAUGUCAUUCCAGCCAUUCAUGUUCUUGAUCUAGCAGGAGUGAUACAGAACAUCAUAGACCACGUGCCAAAGCUCCAUUACCUGGUUGCUGUGGACGAGUCUGUCCACACCCUGGAAGACUUGGUCAAGUGCAUCAGUAAAAAUACUGGCCCUGGGAAAAUCCAGAAAAUACCCAAAGAAAAUGCUUUCCUAACCAAGGACUUAACACAAGAGUGUCUUGACCAUUUACUGGUGAAUUUGAGAAUGGAAGCCCUUUUUGUGAAGGAGAAUUUUAACAUUCGGUGGGUUGCCCAAACAGGAUUUGUGGAAAAUAUCAACAAUAUCCUCAAAGAGUACAAGCAAAGCAGAGGAUUACUGCCGAUCAAGAUCUGCAUUCUGGGUCCUCCGGCUGUGGGGAAGUCCAGUAUUGCCGAAGCCUUGGCCAAGCACUACAAGCUGCAUCACAUUAAACUGAAGGAUGUCAUCUCCGAAGCCAUAGCGAGACUGGAGGCGAUUGUCACACCUAAGGAUGAAGGGGAAGAUGAAGAAGAAGGGGAGGAGGAGGAAGAGGAGAAUGUGGAAGAUGCCCAGGAGCUCUUGGAUGGCAUCAAGGAAAGCAUGGAACAAAAUGCAGGCCAACUAGAAGAUCAAUAUGUAAUUAGAUUUAUCAAAGAAAAGUUGAAAUCAAUGCCUUGCAGGAAUCAAGGUUAUAUUUUGGAUGGAUUCCCGAAGACCUAUGAUCAAGCUAAAGACCUGUUCAAUCAAGAAGACGAGGAAGAAGAAGAAGAAGUCAGAGGCAAAAUGUUCCCCUUUGAUAAACUAAUCAUACCCGAGUUCGUUUGCGUGCUGGACGCCUCGGAUGAGUUCCUGAAGGAGCGGGUGAUGAACCUCCCCGAGAGCAUCGUGGCGGGAACCCACUACAGCCAGGACCGCUUCCUCCGGGCCCUGAGCAACUACCGGGACCUCAAUACCGAGGAUGAGACUGUCAUCAACUAUUUUGAUGAGAUUGAAAUCCACCCGAUACAUAUUGAUGUAGGAAAACUUGAAGACCCUCAAAACAGACUUGCCAUCAAACAGCUCAUCAAAGAGAUUGGGGAGCCUCGAAAUUAUGGCCUAACGGAAGAAGAGAAGGCCGAGGAGGAGCGGAGGGCUGCAGAGGAGAGGCUGGCCAAGGAGGCCAUGGAGGAGGCGGAACGGGAGCACAGGGAAGCCGUGGAGCUGGCGGAGAAGAUCGCCCGCUGGGAGGAGUGGAAUAAGCGACUAGAGGAAGUGAAAAGAGAAGAAAGAGAACUACUAGAGGCCCAGUCUAUUCCCCUGAGAAACUAUUUAAUGACCCAUGUGAUGCCAACCCUGAUGCAGGGUCUGAAUGAGUGUUGUAAGGUCAGACCGGAUGAUCCUGUUGAUUUUCUGGCAGAGUAUCUCUUCAAGAACAAUCCUGAAACGCAGUGAAAAUUUAAAGAUUGGGUGUGAUACACCUUUAGAGUUAGAGAUGAGGUUAAAAUUGUGAUUUGGAAUUCUGCUUGAAAAAAAAUGCUUUUCCAGUUUUUGGAAAAUUCUUUGUUUUCCCUCUAAGCAAAUACUUUAUUUUUUCUUAAUACUUUAUAAUUUUGGGGGGCCAAUACUUUAUUAAGUAGAAUCAUUAUAAAAAGCUGAUGGCAAUGAGUGACUUUGUUAAAGAACUGUAUUUUAAAGGUAAAUUGAUGAAGUAUCUGUGUAUAGUUCAUAGGACAAAUAUUGAUAUAACAUUUCAUUCUUAGUCAAAGUGUUCUGCACACUUGGAUUUACAGUAAUUUAUAGCAUAAAGAGAAUCAGACUGUAUAUUAUUUGAACACGUAGGCUAAUGACUUUACAUAGUUUGCUAUUGCCCUAGUGCCAAUGGUGUCAGAAAGAAAUGACAAUGGUUUAUGCUUUGGUGACUCAUGCUAAGUCAGAUGUCAUUGGUUUCCAGGGGUAAAUUUUUGAGUUCAGGGUCAGUAUCUUAAGCAAUGAGUCAUAGAGAGAAUUAUAAACCUUUUGGUAGAAAAAAAUACCAUAACAGAAUAAAUAAUCCUAGUAUUUGUGGUAAUUAAAAGUUAAAUAUUUUCAACAAACUUUAUAAUAUAGCCAUAAGCAUUCAAUCCCUAUGGUCUUUUCCAGCUUGAAAAAUCCCAUAAUUCCCAGAAUUAUACACUAUGAGAAGUUACACUGAAUGAGAAAUGUAUUAAAAUAUAUUUCAUCUUGGGCACCUGGGUGGCUCAGUCCAUUAAGUGUCAUCCUUUGGUUCAGGUCGUGAUCCCAUGGUCCUGGGAUAGAGCCUGAGUCCCCUGCUCAGGGGAGAGCCUGCUUCUCCCCUCUCUCUGUCCCCCCUCGCCCCUUUGCCCCCCUGCUCUUACUUGAUCUCUCUUGCUCACUCUAUCUCAAAUACAUAAAUAAAAUCUUAAAAAAAUAAAAUAUAUUUCAUCUCUUUAAAUAAUGUAAUUUGAAUAUAACGGCACUGUUUUUUUUUAUUAUUAUUAUAGUAAAAUACAUACAACAUAACAUUUACCACUGCGACCUUCUUAAAAUGUACAAGUCGGUGGCACUAGGUGCAUGGGUUGUAUUUAUUCCAUGAAAGGGAGGUAUAUGCAAAACGACUUCCUAGGGCUGAGGGAGCAGGAGGACCAAAGAAAAAGGCUGACAAGCCCAGCUUGACAAGAAAUGGUUUAUUAAGAAGAUUUAUGGACAGAAGUAUGUCUCAGGGUAGUCCCUAGACCAGUAGGUCCCCAACCCCCCCCCACUCCCCCACCAAGAGCUGCUUUUAUAGCCCUAGAGGCUGGAAGUCGACCCAAUCAGAGAAUAGGUGUCUGUUGGGGCACAUGGGUGGCUCAGUCAUUGAGCUUCUGACUCUGGAUUUCUGCUCCGGUCAUGAUCUCAGGUUGUGAGACUGAGCUCCACUGGGGGUGGAACCUGCUGGCCCUCCCUCUUUCUCUGCCCCCUCCCCUUUUAGAACAACAACAAUGACAAAGAAUAGGUGUGUCAGAGUCCUAUUUCCAGGGCAGAUCAUGGACAUUAUGCCCUAAGGGUGUGCUUAAGGGUGUGAUUAAACAAAAGGAAAGAAUGUGAGUGAAGGCUUGAGCUCAAGAAGAGUUGUCUGAUUGUCUACCAUCAGCAUUUGCUCAAGAUGGUGUUGGCCUCACACAGCCCUGGAUAAGCAUUAUCACUACCUAGUUUUAGAACCUUUCCAUCACCCCAGUGGAAAUCCUGUACCCUGUACUAUCCCUUCAUCCCAGCUCCUGGCAACCACUAGUCUGCUUCCUGUCUCUACAGAUUUGUUUCUUCUGGAUAUUUACAUAAACAAAAUCGCUCAA